UCAUCAAAUAUCAUUCAGGUACUUUCUCAAUUCUCAUCUAUUUUUUUCUUCCUUUUCUCUGCUCCACUUUCCCUCCUUUUCCCACUUCAAUCUCAUCUCUCAAAAUUCCUUUCCUUUCUUCCUACCUUUCAUGUCCCUUCCACCAUUUUCAAUCUUUCAUAAAUCUCUUCCAAAUUUUUUUUACCUCUAUUUUACUUCAAUUUUUUUAUUCUUUGCUGCCAAUACCGCUAAGUAUCCGAUUCUUUUCACCUUCAAAGUUCAUUAUCAUCUUCUCCAUAAUUUCCCCCCUGUACUGAUCUUUACUCUCUGACAAUUCCGAUUUGAAGAUCCGUUUCUUAUUCCUGUUGUGGGUUUUUAUUUUUUGAUUUUUUUGAUUUUUUUUUUCGGGGGUGGGGUGGGGGGAGUACAUUAUCACACUCUUCCCAAAUGACCGAAGAGCCCUUUGCUCGUUUGGGGAUUGGGUUCUUUUUUGCUUAUUCACUAAUUUCUAUUUGUUAGAUUCUUCAUUCUGUAUCAUAUUUUGGGGUUUUAAGUGUGACUUGAAGUAUUUUCGGCGGUCUGGAGUUGGAUUUUUGAGCUUUAGUUUUUUUUUUACUCGAAGCUUGAAAGUUUGAUUGGAAGUUGGUGGAUCUGAGAUGGUGUUUGGAGAUUGAAACCGUUACAAGGAUAUAGGAAUUGCGGAUUGGUUGUUGAACUGUUACUGUAGGGUUAGUCUUUUGGGGUUUGCUGGUUCUUGGAGAUUGUGUUAGCUGAGUUGACAAAAGGGUGAACUGCGAUUGCUUUAAUUCGAUUCGAGAUCAAUCAUGGAGCAUUUAAUUGGUGGGAAGUUUAAGUUGGGCCGGAAGAUUGGAAGCGGAUCCUUUGGUGAACUGUAUUUGGGUACUAAUGUGCAAACUGAGGAGGAAGUGGCUGUUAAGCUGGAAUCUGUGAAAACCAAGCAUCCUCAGCUUCACUAUGAAUCAAAACUUUAUAUGCUUCUUCAAGGAGGAACUUAUGUAUCAUUCAUUUUGUGAAGCUGGUAUUCCUCAUCUCAAAUGGUUUGGAGUUGAGGGUGAGUAUAAUGUUAUGGUCAUUGACCUCCUUGGGCCAAGCCUCGAAGAUCUGUUCAACUACUGUAAUCGGAAACUGUCUUUGAAAACAGUAUUAAUGCUUGCUGAUCAGUUAAUAAACAGAGUUGAGUACAUGCACUCACGGGGGUUCCUUCACCGUGACAUAAAGCCCGACAACUUUCUCAUGGGGUUGGGGCGGAAGGCUAACCAGGUAUAUAUUAUCGAUUAUGGUCUUGGAAAAAAGUAUCGGGAUCUUCAAACACACAAGCAUAUACCAUACAGAGAAAAUAAGAAUCUCACAGGAACAGCUCGCUAUGCUAGUAUUAAUACUCACCUUGGAGUCGAGCAAAGCAGAAGAGAUGAUCUCGAAUCUCUUGGCUAUGUGCUUAUGUAUUUUCUCAGGGGAAGUCUUCCCUGGCAGGGUUUGAGAGCAGGGACCAAAAAGCAAAAAUAUGAUAAGAUUAGUGAAAAGAAAAUGCUCACUCCAAUUGAGGUCCUCUGCAAAUCAUAUCCAACGGAAUUCACAUCUUACUUCCACUAUUGCCGAGCCCUAAGAUUUGAAGACAAACCAGACUAUUCCUAUCUGAAGAGCCUUUUCCGUGAUCUUUUCAUUAGAGAAGGUUACCAAUUUGACUACGUAUUUGACUGGACUAUAUUGAAAUAUCCACAGAUUGGCUCCAGUUCUAGGACACGACCAACUGGGAAAGCAGCGAUAAACCCUGGACCAUCUGCAGAAAGAGUGGAGAGGCCUUUAGUGGGACAAGAUCUCCGAGAUAAAUUUUCUGGUGCAAUGGAGGCUUUUGCUAGAAGGAAUGGCACUGGGAUUGGUCUACACAGUGAUCACUCCAGACACAGAUCCUCUGAUGGUGUGCCUUCUUCCAAGGAUGUGCAACCGGAUGCAGAACGAGCACGGAGUUCUUCUCGGCAAGGGAGUGCUUCUAAGAGGCCUGUAUUGUCGAGCAGUCGGCCUACCUCCUCUGGGGAGCCAAGCGAACUCCGCUCAAGCCGACUUUUGUCAAGCAGCAGCCGUCUGUCUGCUUCUACUCAAAGGAUUCAACCUGGGGUUGAGUCAAAACCAUCCUUCCUCCGUUCUUCUGCUACAAAAAACAGCCGUGAUGAUGCACUUCGAAGUUUUGAACUAUUAUCGAUUGGCACUGGAAAGAAGAAAUAAGAACUUAUCAUCGGGGGUGAAGAAGUUCAUACUUUUCUCUGUAGUUGUGAUGGUGUUUUUAAACAUCUGUAUGCUAUCUUCAUAGUUCGUCAUUGGAUUCCAUCCCCAGGUAUGGAAGUUAAACUCUCCCCCACCCUGCCCCACCCAGCUCGGGUAUGUAUAUGUGCCUCUUCAGAGGUUCAUAUGAUUAAUUAUAAAACCUUUCUAGACUCAUCAAACAGAGAGAAUUUAACAAAGCUCUCGGGAAAUUGUCAAUACAUUUGAGGCUCUGCUGUAACUAAUAAAUACCUUUUCUCAUAUUCAUUCUUUCAUGGUAAAGGGCUUUGACAUGAACCGGAAAAGACUUAAUUGCCUCUGUGGCCAUAAUUCUGCUAGAUCAAGCAAGGGAUGGAGACAACUACUGCCAGAGCUUUUGGAUGAAUAGAAAGAAAAGCCAGCUCUAUUACUAUUAUUUUUUGUUUUAAUUAUGGUAUCUGCUACUAUUUUCUUAUAAGGAUCUGAAUUUACAAUGACUUUUACUUUCCCUUCCAAAUCAUGCCUGUAAUGGAAGAGAUAUUUUUACCUUUAUGGAUGAUAGCUAAAAGAAAUUGAAGAACAGGGUAGAUUAAUGAUGGGUUAAA